AUGCACUUUGACGAACUUCUCGGUGUCCUCGGGGAAUUUGGUCCCUACCAGAAAUAUGUGUAUUUCCUUGUGUGCCUCCCUUCCAUUAUUGCCGCUUUUCAUAUGGUCAAUUCUGUGUUUCUUCUGGGAAUUCCAAAACACAGAUGCAAAUUACCAAAUUAUCCGAACGAUACCUACCUCAGCCAAGGCCCAGCACACGACGAUUUGAUCAAGGCCUACAUACCUACAGAGCUCAACGCUGACAACGAUGUGGUGAACAAAAAAUGCAAGAUUUUCUCCAUCCCUGUUUUAGACAAUGUGACUACAGGCAUCGAACAAAGUUGCAGUUCGUGGGUUUACGAUAAAACAGUUUAUGAUAGCACGUUUGCGUCUGAGCAAAAUUUAAUUUGUGACAAGCAACUAUGGGCAUCUAACGCCAAAAUGGUUUUCUUUGCUGGUGUGUUUUUCGGAGCUCUGGGUCUAGGCGCACUUGCAGACAAGAUUGGAAGAAAGAAGACACUGAUUUUAUCCAUACUAGUGCUGCUGGCGUCCAGUCUAGCCGUGUCGUGGGCGGCUAACUUCUAUCUCUUUUGUGUUUUACGAUUCAUCGUUGGAUUUUCCUGCGCGGGGACUUUCAUGUCAGCCUUUGUUUUAGGCGUUGAGAUCGUUGGUCCCUCAAAGCGGCUGUGGGCUGGGGUUGUCAUCGAAUACUUCUUCGCCAUAGGACUGGUUAUUCUAUGUCUUAUUGGCUAUCUUAUUAGGGACUGGAAGUACAAUGAGAUAGCAGUGUCUGUUCCCUCCGCACUUCUGUUGAGUUAUUGGUGGUUAUUGCCAGAAUCUCCUCGAUGGUUGAUAAACCGUAGAAAAUACGAGGAGGCCAAAGUCAUUAUUCGCAAAAUAGCCAACCGAAAUAAGGUAGAAGUUACAGAUAAGCAGCUGGAUUCGCUGGAAUGCGACGAAACAGCGACAGGCCAGCUAUGGCACUUGUUUACGUCGAGAGUGCUGUUUGUCCGAACUAUAAUAAUUUUCUUGAAUUGGUGUGUUGUAAGUAUGGUAUACUACGGACUGUCCCUAAAUUCCGGGAACCUGGCUGGCGACUUUUAUUUGAAUUUUUUCCUGACAGGUCUGGUAGAAUUCCCAGCUUAUACUCUUUGUUUAGUGUUAUUGGAUCGUAUUGGAAGAAAGAAACUGCAUUGCGCGUGUAUGGUGCUUGGAGGGCUUGCUUGUAUUUCAACCAUUUUUACAGUUUUAUACAUUGGGAAAAGUCAUCAGAUGUAUACUACAGUGAUUCUGGCGAUGAUCGGUAAGAUCGGGGCCGCUGCAGCCUUUGCCGUCAUUUAUGUCUGGUCAGCGGAACUCUAUCCCACCGUAGUCCGUAACGUCGCCAUGGGCGCCAGCUCGUCCUGUGCGCGUAUUGGAGGGAUGGUGUCCCCCUAUGUAGCAGAUCUCAGUUUGAUAGUUGAUGGCCAUUUCGGACAAGCUCUUCCGCUAGUUGUGUUUGGAGGAGCUUCCAUACUAGCUGGGCUGCUCUCUCUUAUUUUACCGGAAACACUAGGCGCCAAUCUACCGGAAACCAUCCAAGAUGGCAAAGAUUUUCCUCCACCAAAGCAGACCAAAAAAUACGAGGAAAACGGAUCUUCAUAUACCUACAGGAACGAGUCUUUUAUAGUGGAUACUUCGAAAUUUUAAAUUGCUCGGAAAUCGAUCUUUCAUACAUUAGACAUUAAAAUAUAAAUAUACCUUUUUCAUAAUGAUAUAUUUUCACCCUAGACUGCGGUUCAUACUUCUUUAUUCAAUACAUGAAACAAUCUCACGGUAAAUUCUUUCAAUUUUAAAUGUCAAGUUUAACUUACAAAUCGUUAUGGUUCAUUGAAACUGUACAGAGUGUUUAUGAAACAAUAACUUGAGUAAGAACAAUUGGAAUCCAAAUGUAAAAAAAAAAUGUGACAACUGUCUAGAUACCUUUACAUAAAAAUACUAUAGUAAACUAUAGUUAACUAUGGUGAUAACUUUGACACUAUGAAAACUAUAGUCAACUGUAGUUACUAUAGUGAUAACUUUAACACCUUGAUAUACUACAGUGAUAACUUUGAAAACUUUGUAAAAUUUAUAGUGAUCACUAGGAAAACAUUGUAAAAAAACUAUAGCGAUCACUAUUAACACUUUGAUUUACUACGGUGAUCACUAUGAAAUCUUUGAUUUACUAUGGUGAUAAGUUUGAAAACUUUGAUUUACUAAAGUGAUAACUUUGAAACGUAAAUUAACAAUAGUAAACUAUAGUUUACUAUAGCAGUUUUGCUAGGAUAUAUAGUAAAUAUAGUACACCUUUGAUUAAAAAAAAAAAAAAAAACUUUUAAAUGGCUUAUGUCAGAUUUAAUGUCGGGCUCAAGAUUAGCUUGAUUAUUAACGGUAUGAAUAAAUUAAUAUUUCUUGCAUUUAAUUUUUUUAACACAAGAUAUAGUGUAGACUUGCAAAUUCGUCUGGUACCAGAGAUUCUUUGUAUAAUUUUGUUGAAUCGGCAUUAAAUACAUAUCAGUACUUUGAAAAAUGUUCAAAUGAUAAAGUACAAAUUCAUAAAGUGUUCAAAAAAGUUUAAGAAAGUUUCUAAAUUUCAAUAUUUUGCCAACAGGUCCACAAAACAGUUAUGGUCUCAGUGAGUUAGCAUGACGUUCAAAGGUUCGGAAUAGUGGCCCACCAUGCUAACGUAGAAACACUGUAUAUACUGUAAACUUCAAAUAUUUAUGUUAAUUUUGUUAUAAAUAUUAGUUCAUAAGUAAAAUUUAUAUUUUGUCUAUAAAGUUAAAAUGAAUUUCAACAUGCAGUAUUUUUUAAUCGCUUUAUCGAUGGAUUUUUCCGUUAUUUCCCGAUCACGACAAGGAGCACACGGCGGGUGAGACCGGUCGGCAGGGAAUGCUCACUCCUCCAUGGCACCUGAUCCCACCUUGAUGUUUUUUACAGGUCCGUGUUUGCUCUGCUCCAAAAUUUGUAUUGCUUAACGGACCUUUGAGCUUAAAUACUGUUCGUUAUCUUCAUACAUUUCAUUAUGUAAUCUUUAAUAAAAAUAAUCACAUUA